UAUGUGUGGUGUUCUUAAAAUAAAAUUAAUUUAGUCGGUGUAUAGGUAGAAGUUUGCCAUAAUGAUUUUUUAACACAUACCAUUUAACCAUUAAUGGGUUAUAUUCAUAGUAAAUUUAGAUAGAACGAAUUUAGAUUUAAAUUUUGCUUGUGUAUUAAUUAUGGCGAAAACAAAAACUAUUAGUAAAGGUUGUCCAAAAUGUGAACAACAGGUACCCGUUGCUUGUAAAGCGUGCCCGUGUGGACAUUCAUUUUUUAAUGCACGGCGUAAUUCUAUCAAAAGUCCACCAAGUCCAGACAGUGGAGUUAUGAAAACUAGAAGAACUAAUCGUAUUAAACGUGAGAAGCCAAAUUAUUAUGACGCAUUAGAAUAUGACAAACAAACAAAGAAAAGUUCAAAGAUAAGACGUGCUGCAGAUACCUCCAGUGAUAUUGAUUGUCGUCAAUUAAAUAAAAAGAAAAAAAGAAAAGGUAAAGGAAAAGGUAAAACUGGAAGUAGUAGUGGAUUGGGUGAUGACGAUGAUGAAAUGGAAGGAAUUAGUGGCUUAUCACCGGAAAAACAAUUAACAUGCUCUCUUAUUUUACAAGAGCUUAAUAAUAAAAUGAGGGUAGUAGCGUGGAAGCCAUCAUGAAUUUCUUUUUCUCUUCAACAGAGAUUGUACAUAUAAUUAGGUGAUUAUAAGAUGUGUUUUGACUGUACAAAUACUUUUCUUUUUAAAGAUGAUUAACUCUUUAAAGAAUGUUCUCUCAAUAUUUUUUGAAUAAUAUCGAAGAGACAUCACAAAGCAAUAUAAUUUACGAUAAAGAAAUAUUCUCUAUAUGUAUAUACAUAUUUGUACUUUUACAAACAAAUAUUCUUCCUCUUUUUCUUUUUUUCUAUCUGUGAUUUUUUGCUCCUAAUAGAAUAUCUCUAUUUAUUCAAUUAUUCUUUCUAUCAAUUUUUAGUUAGAUAACAGAUAUAUUUAUAUUUCCACAAUCAAUAAGACUAUUGUAAGACAAUUGAUCAAAAUGGAACAAAAAAAAAAUAA